CUGUUGCUCAGAGGAGGCAGGCCGGUGAUUUUCCACUGCUGCUGAUGUCUCUGGUUCCCCAGUUUUAAGAGACAAAGGUCAGAAAGAGAAGCUUAUAAAUAGGCUAAAAUAUAAGCUUCAGACGCGUCCACACUUCAGUCGCUCUCACGGACACUGGAGGACUCGGACAAGACUAACCGGACAAGGGACCGAGCGCAAAGGACAUUAAAAGGACAAAAUAACAGAAAACAUCACAUCAUCGUAGCAGAAUGGCACAAAAAGAGAAGCUUCAGUGUCUGAAAGACUUCCAUAAGGACACCUUGAAGCCGUCUCCGGGUAAGAGCCCCGGCACUCGGCCUGAAGACGAGGCGGAGGGCAAACACCCCCAGAGGGAGAAGUGGGCCAGCAAGCUGGACUUUGUCCUCUCCGUGGCCGGCGGCUUUGUAGGUUUAGGGAACGUCUGGCGUUUUCCUUACCUCUGCUAUAAGAAUGGUGGAGGUGCGUUUCUCAUCCCCUACUUCAUAUUCCUGUUUGGCGGAGGUCUGCCAGUCUUCUUCCUGGAGGUUGCCCUCGGUCAGUUCACCUCUGAGGGUGGCAUCACCUGCUGGGAGAAGCUUUGUCCCAUCUUUACUGGUAUUGGCUACGCCUCCAUUGUGAUUGUAUCCCUCCUGAAUAUCUACUACAUCGUCAUCCUCGCCUGGGGCCUCUACUACUUGUUCCAGUGUUUCCAGCCGGAGUUGCCCUGGGCCAAGUGCAACCAGCCCUGGAACACAGAUCAAUGCAUCGAGGACACCCACCGCAAGAACAAAUCCAUUUUUCUGGCCGCCAACGCCUCCAACUUUACCUCCCCCGUCACCGAGUUCUGGGAACAUAAUGUGUUGGGUAUCAGCAGUGGCAUCGAGGACAUAGGCCCAGUCAAAUGGGACUUGGCCCUGUGUUUACUCCUCGUCUGGGUCAUCUGCUUCUUUUGUAUCUGGAAGGGCGUGAAAUCUACUGGAAAGGUGGUGUACAUCACGGCCACGUUCCCGUUCGUCAUGCUUAUCGUCCUGUUGAUCCGCGGCGUAACUCUGCCAGGUGCUUCUCAGGGCAUCAAGUUCUACCUGUAUCCCGACCUCGAACGCCUCAAAGACCCAGAGGUGUGGAUUGAUGCUGGCACUCAGAUCUUCUUCUCCUAUGCCAUCUGUCUGGGCGCCAUGACGUCCUUGGGGAGCUACAACAAGUACAAAUACAACUGCUACAGGGACUGUUUGCUGCUGGGAGCCCUCAACAGUGGUACCAGUUUUGUGUCUGGCUUCGCAAUAUUUUCCGUCCUGGGCUUCAUGGCACAAGAGCAAGGGGUGGACAUUGCUGAGGUGGCAGAGUCAGGUCCAGGCCUGGCAUUCAUUGCCUACCCCAAGGCUGUUACCAUGAUGCCUUUUCCUACACUCUGGGCAAUCCUCUUCUUCAUUAUGCUGUUGCUGCUUGGCCUCGACAGUCAGUUUGUGGAGGUGGAAGGGCAGAUCACAUCACUGGUGGAUCUGUAUCCGUCCUUCCUACGGAAGGGUUACUGCAGAGAGGUCUUCAUCGCUAUCAUCUGCUGCAUCAGCUACCUGCUUGGACUUACUAUGGUGACCAAGGGUGGCAUGUAUGUUUUCCAGCUGUUUGACUACUAUGCAGCUAGCGGUGUGUGCCUUCUGUGGGUGGCAUUCUUUGAAUGUAUAGCUGUUGCCUGGGUUUAUGGCGCUGAUAAUUUUUAUGAUGCAAUUGAGGACAUGAUUGGCUACAGACCAAAUCCUUGGAUGAAAUGGAGCUGGACUGUCAUCACUCCUUUACUGUGCAUGGGCUGCUUUUUCUUCUCUUUGGUCAAAUACAAGCCAUUGAUGUACAACAAGGUGUACCAGUAUCCUGACUGGGCCGUCGGAAUAGGCUGGACUCUGGCCUUGACCUCCAUGAUCUGCAUCCCCAUGGUGGUCGUCAUCAAGAUCAUUCAGUCUGAUGGGCCGCUCAUUGAGAGGAUUAAGGCAGUCGCGGCCCCAGCUCGCGGCGGGGCCAGCUCCCGUCCUGCGGACCACCGCGUCCCGAGCGAGCUCACCUGCCCACUGGAUCCGAACGGAAACAAGGGGCUUCUGAUGAAGGCCCCCAGCCACACCAUCGUAGAAACCAUGAUGUAAAGGGGUGAGGAGGAGGCUCUCCAUGAGAACGCUCUCUUCUCCUCUCCUGUCCUCUGAAACGCUUCUAAAGCUAGCUAGCUAUCUGUCCGUCUGUGUCUUUCUGGUGGACUGACAAGGGUUUUAAGGAAGAAAAAAAAAAAAGAGCUCACAUUUCAAAUCGUUUGGGAACGCUUCGAAGGUUGUUUGCAGCUGAGGGGAAACAAUUCUUACAAUUCAGGACCAGCGCUUUGUUCUUUCCCUCUGAAUGGUUUUCAUGUGACCCGCGGUUGGGGUGAAUUAGCACUAAGCACUGAUCUUAAGCUGCUUGUUUGUUUCAUCGUUGACCUUCACAGAUAAAUCAGUCGUUGUUCCCAAAAAAGAACGAAGUUAUUCCUCGGCUCUUUGCAGCCAUAAAAAAACAAAACAAAGAAAAAAACAAGUUGAAUUCAGGCCUUGUUCUAAACGAACUUGUUGACUUCCUGACUAUUUUUAAACUACCAUAAUUUGACUCAAUCCAAAAAAAAAA